AUGAGUUCCUCUUCAGCUGACUGUAAUAAUGAAAUUAGUAGCCCGUCAUAUAAGGUAAAUGACAACGAUACAGAUGAGAACCGAAACGUUGAUGUUUGUGAUGACGAUGACUGCGUUAUAAUCAAGGUUGUUGAAAAGACGCCCUUAUAUAAAAUGUGUGGACAUAAACUACAGACGAGAGAAGAUUCAAUUAACUUACAGCCUACGAAAUCAAAAGAGGGCGGAUUAAACAAUGGAUCUGAGAGCAUCCGGCCUAAUGAUAAUAUCUUUCCAGCCCAACCUGGGCAGGAGCAACUUAGAAGAAAUCCCAAGCGGCUAGCAAAGCAGCUGAACAACAGAAAGAGAAGACUGGAGUCGAAAUAUGAUUUCUCGUAUAUACCAGCUCAUAAAUUUGCUCCAAAGAAAAAGAAAAUUCUUAAAUGUACGAAAGAAAUCCAUACACAUAUUGAUAGCAGCAACCAGAACAAACUUUUAGCGGAAAGUAAGGAUGCCAGAGCGCAACUCCCUUGCAACAAACAAAUUAAUGAGAGAACAGCUGAUAACAAUGAAGAACACGCGCUGAAUAAGGUGCGGACAAGAUCUCGGUGUACAGAGGCAAGUGAGUUUGCACCACCGUCUCCUGAAAAAUUGUGGGAAUGGAGAGAAUGGCCAGCUGAAGGGAUGCAUGAACGGCCUGUCUACCAAGAUUCACAGGACAGAAAACAUCUCCAGGAGGUUGCUCAUCAUGCUCUCCAUGCUGUGUUGGCUUUCUGUGUCAUGGUAUGUAACCAGAAAACAACCUCUGAGAGUGCAUAUUCAUCUAACAAGUGUUUAAAAAACUUUAUUUCUUCAAAAAAAUAUUCUGAGGUUUGUGGAAGUAAGUGCAAGCAUGAUAACUGUUCCACUAAUGAUCUGAUUUUGGGAAAAGAAGUAUUAUCUCCAUGUUACACAAAGCCAUCGACAGGAUUUUUUCAGUUAGAAGAGCAGGUACAUGUUAGCUCUCAUGAAACAGGUAUCACAAAACUCCUCAGUACUGAAGAAAAUACCAAGGUUAACAAUGAAGUCAGACGUGUCAGGGACCAAAAAGUUCAUUAUGGAAAAGAAGUGGAAAAUAUUUUAAAUAGUAGUAACAGCAGCACUGUUUCUGGGGACAGUGGUGACCUAAUCAUAGCAGAAAAUGAAGAUGAAAAUGAACAAGAAAGCAUUACACCUGUACUUCAUACAGAAAAAUCGUCAGAUUAUAAAGACAAGAUUCUAACAGUAAAAUUGAAUGAUCAUUUAACAUCAGUAAUUAAACAAGAGUUCAUUUCUCAAGCAUCUUGUACGGACCUUCAAGAGGGACAUCAAGAUAAACCAGGAGUAUUGAGGGACCAACUUUGUACAUGGAAAAUGUCUGUUCCAGGUGCCACCAGAUCAGAGUUACAUUUUCUGAGACAAGACAUGAAGAAUUUAUUCACAGAAGAACUGCCCAAAACUAUGAAUGAUAAUGUGACAUUAGAAGAUUUGCAGGACCUUAUUAAUUACACAGCAUUGUUGUAUUGUUUAGUGUGUUCUGUGCCACAAAGUGCACUUGCACAUUACAUAAAUUCUUUGACUCCUUCCAGUAUUCUGGAAUGGCUGUCUGAAGUUUCACAAAACAUGCAGAUAGAAUGAUUAUCUAUUUUUGCUUAUCUCUAUCAUACUCAUUUCAACAUACUAUUCCCUUUUUUAGAACAUUAUUAUUGUGUUGUAACAACUUUGUUUCAAACAUUUAAAAGCUUGAUUGCAUCAUAGAAGGAAAUUUGUGCUGACUGUUGGUAAUAUGUGACAUGAUAUUUGUGGAAAUCAUAAAAUGUCAAACCUGUCUGAAAUUUUAUGUCAAUAUUGUUCUUAAUAAUCUUUUUACCAAAUUAUACUCGGAGCACAUGCCUGAAGAUGGUAUUUUUUGCAAGAAUGCUGGAUGCUUGAUUAUUGUAUAAAUCUAUUGAGCUAAGCUUUACGUUUAUUCAUUUGUCUUAGUAAAUAACUAUUGAUUCAAGUAUACUCAAAAUUUGUCUUACCUAAGUUCCA